AUGUUUUGGGGAAAAGACAAAAGCGACGGUGACAAGGACGAGGUCCCCCGCGUCCGUGAAGAGGCACGUCCGGAAUCUCUGAAAAGCCAGAUUCCGCGCCAAAAGCUUUCUCGCGAUCUUCAAAAACUCGUCGACCGGGAAGAUGACUACUAUGAUGAACUAUACGCCCCAUAUUCUAUCGACUCUACAAACACAAAAUACCGAUAUGCAGCCUAUGUAAAUCGAAUUAGGACUAUUUUACUUUCCGCCCAUCGCUACGUUGCAUACACUUCAGACGUCGGCGAAUCGUUUCGUCCCGUUGCUCACCCAUAUCUUGUUCGAAGCGCCUAUGCUAUUUCAUGGACAUAUAUCCUCGGUGACGUCGGCCACGAAGGAUACAAAGCUUAUUUGCGUAAUCGGCGAGCAGUGAUCCCGCCCGGGGAGGCAUACAAGGACGCGACAGACCUGAAAGCAAACCAUGUUGUCCUGGGUAUGGCUACUGGAAAUGUCGCUGGUCCUUUAUCAACAGGACCGCGCAACGAAUCGGAGGGUGGUGAUAAGCUGGACCCUUUGGUUCCAUGGUCGACGACUCAUAUCCCAUUGAUCGAUGAUUACCGGAUGGUCAUGGCGAAACGUGCUGUGUUUCAGAGCAUUGCAAGUAUGGGAUUACCUGCAUUUACUAUCCACUCUGUUGUGCGAUACUCGGGUCGUGCUUUGAAGAACUCCUCAAGCACACUUAUUCGCACCUGGGGUCCAAUUGGCCUAGGUCUAAGUGUCGUUCCCAUGUUACCAUAUCUCUUCGACGAGCCUGUUGAGCAUGCCGUUGAGUGGUCAUUUGCUACAUUAUGCCGUGCUAUCGAAGGUCCACAAGCUGUCACGCCACCACCUCCCUCGCGAGAAUUACCAGCAGAUCAGACCACACCGCUGAGUAAGGUCCUUGCUCUGCAAGAUCAAAAGAAACGCCACGAAAGUGGAAGAAGCGAUCUUUCCUGGGAAGAUCACAAAGCCGAUCGACAGCAUGAAAGGGUAGAGCGAAAACCGAACGGCGGAAUAAGCAGUUGGCUCGGAUUUGGCAAGAAAGAGAAAGAUGAGUAA